UAUUGAAUUCUUCUCAUUUCUUCAUUUUCAAUAUUAGUAUGUUUCAAACGCUUUCCUCAGUGACGACUUUGUAUAUAUUCAUGAUAUUGUGUUUUGUCAGUAUGGUUUUGCGUGUAUCUAUACACGAAAACAUUUUAAUUAAUUCUUCCAGAUACGAAGUACAGUGGAUGGAAAAAUAUUAAAUUUAAUCCGCUUUAAUGCAACUCCGUAAAUUGCAUGCAUACUUCAGAAUGAACGGAGCGAAUAACCUUGUAUUGACAAUACAGAAUCCCCGUAAUCGUGUCGAUAAUAUUGCUGCAUCGCUGUUGGAAUUACUAACACUGACUAACGCCCAGCUUUUAUAAUGAAGGAAGGAGAAAGUAUGUAUUCCCGUUAAAGACAGUCUUAUACGUUUUGCACCGAAACAUACUGCUUCUCCAAAAUUCAAACAGAAGAUACAGUGAAAUUAUUUGAGAAUUAAUCAUGUGAUACCUGUACAAACUUUCUAAUUAAAUGUUGUUAGUGACCGAUGAAAAUUACUUCAUUCGUGAUAUAUUAACAUUUCGUAUCAAAUGUUUUCCCUUUCAGUAAAAUCUUCAAAAAUUAACGAUGUCUAUAAUAAAAGACAAUACCGUUCAAGUGGUGUUCAUUUCUUUGCUUUUGGAUCUUUUAGCAUUUACUAUGAUACUACCACUGUUACCAGCUUUGUUAGAUCAUUAUAAAGAUGUAGAAAGCGAUCAAGGUUUAUAUUUUAAGAUUUUACAUUAUAUACAAAGCGCAAGAAAAUUAUUUAAUGCUCCUGACAAAGUUAGUACAGUACUAUAUGGAGGCUUCCUUGGUUCCAUGUACUCCUUUUUACAAUUCUUGGGUUCGCCAAUUGUAGGAGCAUUAUCUGAUAUAUAUGGAAGAAAGCCUCUAAUGUUGUUAAGUUUGACAGGCAUUAUGUUGUCUUAUUUGUUAUGGGCAUUAUCUUCUAAUUUUACUAUAUUUGUGAUAGCCAGAUUUGUUGGCGGUAUUAGCAAAGGAAAUAUUAGUUUGUCAAUGGCUAUUAUAACAGAUGUUACAUCUCCGAAAACUAGAGGAAAAGCCAUGGCAUUGGUUGGAAUAGCUUUUUCCAUAGGUUUUAUUGUAGGACCAAUGAUAGGAGGAUUUUUUGCUUGGAGCUCAAGCAAUAAUAGAGAAGGAACUUGGUACUUAGUACCAGCUAUGUUUGCAUUUUUCUUAACUGCAGGCGAUUUAUGUUUUAUUGCUUUCAAUUUAAGAGAAUCACUGCCAAAGAAAUGUAGAGCAGUGUCCCUAAAGUCUGGUAUAACUGGAGCUAUUGCUUAUAUCAAUCCAAUAGAUCUGUUUCAAUUUAAUGGAGUAUCUGGCUUAAGCCUGCAAGAUAAAAAAUGUCUGAAGACUCUUGGCUAUGUAUACUUCAUGUACUUAUUUCUUUACAGUGGCUUAGAAUUUACGUUAACGUUUUUGACCCAUUAUUUAUUUGAAUUCACAAGUAUGCAACAGGGCUGGAUGUUUUUGGGCAUUGGAUUAGUAAUGGCCCUCUUGCAAGGAGGUUGGGUACGAACCAUUCCUCCAAAUAAAACAAAGUCUACAGCAGAAUUGGGCUUAUGGUUAAUAAUUCCAGCAUUUGUAUGCAUUGGAAUAGCAGAAAAUCUGCUAAUGCUAUCUAUUGGGGUACUUCUAUUUGCAAUUUCCACUGCCAUGGUUGUAACUUGUAUGAUGACCCUGGUAUCACAAAUUGGGCCCGAGAAUCAAAAAGGAGUUAUAACAGGUGUAUUUCGUUCUCUUGGAGCAUUGGCUAGGGCUUGUGGACCUAUCAUAGCCUCUUCAGCUUUCUGGUGUAUUGGAAGUAAAACAACAUAUCUUAUCGGGGCUGUACUUCUUGUAUUUCCACCAUUAAUUCUGCAGGGCAUAAAAUAAUAUUAAAAAUAA